AUGGGAGCUGAACAAAGCGAAAUGCUUCAUAGUGAUGCUAUCUAUUCUUCAGGGUAUACAUCAAUAUCCGAAACUUCCUCAAACAAAGACUUAGUUGACCAUGAUUUCCAAGAAAAGCACCAAAACCUUACUAAAACUGCUUUCCAUGCAUCUUGGCAUGUUAAUACCAAUGCAUUCAGGGCACCCAAACCUAGGAAGGGCAUAGCAUAUGGUUUCCAUAGUUCAUCCAAUAAAAUCUUCUUUGCAUUUGGCGAAAAAGAAAACAAUGAACUAUCAUCAGAACUCAUCUCAUAUGAUGUGAAGACAAACAGAUGGUCAACCGUACUACAACGCAUAGGUCAGGCGAGAACACAUGCUACAGGCAAUAUGUAUGGCGAUCAUUUUUAUAUCUUCGGUGGAAAAAGUGACGAUUCAUAUUUCAAUGAUUUAUAUAAAAUCAAUGUUUAUACUUCAGAAAUUGCUAAGAUACAUGGUGAUGGCAUCAAACCAAGUCCCCGAUGCAAUGCCGUCAUUGGUCAUUUUGAAGGCUGCAUUAUAAUUUGGGGCGGAAAAUGUGCUGAAGGAAAAACUGACAAUGACAUCCAUGUUUAUAACAUUAAGAAUAAUACAUGGUCCACAGUCAGUUCUGAUGUUCAAUCAAGGAUCGCUCCAAGCUUCACCCAAAUGGAUAAUAAGAUUUACAUCUACGGAUCAUCAGAGAAAGAAGGAAUGCUUAUCUUAGAUAUGCAAACACUUACUUUCGAAAUUAUUCCUAAGAACGGAACUGCACCUCAAACAACUGUUGAACAUACAGGUUUAGUUGCUGUUUAUCCAAACUACAUCCUCUGCUUCGGUGGUUCCAGUGAAUACCACUAUACACAUCUUUUUGCUUUCGACACAAUUAGAAAAUGGUGGUUUGUCUUCCAUAUCAAACCAUCACAGGAAGAUGAAAGCAAAGGUGAGGUCAACGAUCUCGGACUCUUUAAGAUACCAAGACAGAGCUCAUUUGCAUCGAUUUAUGAUAGCAAAACAAGACAAAUAAUUUCUGUCUUUGGAAACCAUUUGGAAGAGAAUACGCCAAUUGGUGUUUUCGAUCUUGCAAAGGCCUUGGCGUUAUGUAAUCAGCGUGAAGACCUUCUUUCUAUGUUAUAA